CAUGUCCGAGUACCCAGAAAUACCCGUACAAAAUGGCAGACCCGUAUCCAUUUAACUAACAGCAGAACUAAGGAUACCAAACGUUAUAUUGUGUGAGAUUUAUUACCAAAAGGCCAUUAGGAAGCACAAAACAGGUGCUCGUUUUGUAUAGUAUAUUGGAAUUACCAGUUCAGAAGUGAAGAAUGCAGGCACCAUGUACGAACUCGGAGGCAGUGAAGAGAUGCAUGUCAUUCCCAAACAAACCACUGUCCAGUCAGAUGCGAUAUAUUGAACCACGACCGCCUUAUGCCGCCGGGAAUAAUGUGGUCAAACGUGAAAGACCAUACUCUGCUCCAAUGCGACGCAUCACAACCAACAAUCACACAGAACCCUGGCGUGGGCCAAAGUAUGACCGAACCCCCGCCCGGCCAAGUUACAACGUAACACUCAAUCAUCAUACAUGGGACACAGAGUUCAGUCGUCGUGCACCUUAUGCCCCAAGAAGAAAAGAUGUUUAUUCAAACUCCAUGUAUGAUCCUGUAGACAGAGGAGGGAAGACACCCCCCUUCCCACCGUACGACCCCCUCAAUGACCCUCACCUCACAGAAUACUUCGACAGACGCUUUGGACUCAUACAGGCAGCUUCAGCUACGAAACGAGGCUGGGGGUCGCGACCUUCCAGCGCCAGUAGUUAUAUGUCUGGAGGCAGUAAAAGAAUUAAAAAGUCGAGUGGCAUAGGAAGUUCCUCUGGUGAAAAGUCUACGUUGUACAAGGUCGCUGUUCUCACAGGGGACCUCAAAAAUGCAAGCACAGAUGCCAAAGUUUUCAUCACUCUAAAGGGGCUUAAGGGCAAGAUACCUAAAACAAGGCUGACCAAGAAAGCUGGCUCAGUAAAAUCCAACAAAGAUGUUGCUUUCAGAUUCUCCCGGGAUAGUACUCACAUUUUCAAAGUCCGCGGACCGAAUGUGGGCAACCUCAAGUCGGUCAUUAUUGAGCACAAUGGUACAAAGAAAGAGGAUGCCUGGUUUUUAAGGGAGAUUGAAGUUGUUCACGUCAAGACGAAAAAGAGCUGGGUGUUUGUGUGUAACCAAUGGCUGUCCCUGGUCCACGGCGACCAACAGACGCAACGUGAACUUUUCCCUCGCAUGUCACCUAAAACAACUUAUGAGAUCGUGGCAGUUACCGGGGACAAGAUGAACGCCGCAACGAAUGCCAAUGUGUAUUUGACAAUUUAUGGUAGAACUGGUGCUACUGAAAAAAUACCACUGAAAAACAACACUGGCAAAAUGUUUGAACGAGGCAGUAGUGACAUUUUCAAAGUGAACACAAGAUGUGUAGGUCCGAUGCGUAAAGUGCGUGUUGAACAUGAUAACACAGGGCUCGGCGCUGGCUGGUACUUGGAAAGGAUUGUCGUAUCCGACAUGAAGCACCAACAGUGGAAAUACUUUUUCCCGUGCGGACAAUGGCUUGCACGGGAUGAGGGAGAUGGCGCCAUCUGUCGGGACCUCAUUGGCAGCAAAGACCCGUUUGGUAUCAGAAAAGAGAGCAAGUAUAAAAUCACAGUCUACACUGGUGAUAAUCGGGGAGCUGGUACAGACGCCAACGUAUACGUCACAAUAUUUGGGGAAGUUGGAGACUCUGGAGAGAAACGACUUGACUCAACUUCGAACAAUUACAGACGAGGAAAGUCUGAUGAGUUCAUGGUGAAGGCGCCAUGUUUGGGGAGGUUGGAACGUAUCCGGAUUGGACAUGACAAUUCAGGAUUUGGUCCAGGCUGGUUCUUGGACAAGGUAAUCGUUGAUGAUGUUGACAACAACAUUGUGUACGAGUUUCCUUGUAAUCGAUGGCUCGCUAUGGACGAAGAUGAUGGUAUGACAUCUAGAGACCUCAUUGUGAAUGUUGGCCCGAUGAACAUCGCUCCAGGAAUUCCUUACGUGAUUACCGUGACAACGGGGGAUAAAUCCAAUGCUGGUACAGAUGCCAGAGUUUUCGUAGUGAUGAAUGGACCACAGGGGAAAACAAGUGGGAAAAUUUGGUUAGAGACCGGGAAAUUUGAGCGAGGAACAACAGAUAUCUUCAAUGUUGAUGUUGUGGAGAUGUUGAGUCCCCUUAAGGAGAUUGAGAUCGGCCAUGACAACAGUGGUCUAGGACCUGGAUGGUAUCUGGAGCAGGUGAUUGUCUUCUGCCCAAGCACGGGUAUAGAACAAGUGUUCCCCUGCCAGAAGUGGUUCGCCACCAACAGCGGUGAUGGACAGAUACAGCGUACACUUAAAGAACAAAAAGCUGUCCGAAAAACAAAGGAGAAAAAGAUCCCAUGGCUUGUUGUCGUAUCAACAAGUGAUAUUAAAAGUGCUGGUACAGAUGCAAACGUCUACAUGGUUGCCUAUGGUGACAAAGGAAAGUCUGACAAGGUCACAUUGAGCAACAAAGGUGACAAUUUUGAGAAGGGGCAGACAGAUCACUUCAAGGUCGGCAUGGUUGACAUCGGCAAGCUGUAUAAGAUACGAGUGUGGCACGACAACGAAGGACUGGCCUCGGGCUGGCAUCUCCACAAGUUCGUCCUCGAGAACAUGACGACCAAAGAGAAGUACAACUUCAAGUGUGGACGCUGGUUGGCAGAUGAUGAGGACGACAAAUCACUCAUACGUGAAAUGCCAGCGGAGAGUAAAGAAAUCAACAAACCGCUACCAUUGGUUAAAUACAAUGUAGAAGUUCAUACAGGAAAGAAAAUGCGAGCUGGGACUGACGCCAAUGUGUUCCUGAAUAUGUUCGGUGAACUAGGUGAUACUGGGGACCGACCUCUAAAAGAAUCCAAAAGCAACAGAAAUAAAUUUGAGAAGGGAAACGUUGAUAUGUUCACAUUAGAAGCCGUGACCUUGCUCAAGAUGAACAAGGUCAUUAUAGGGCAUGAUGGGAAGGGUGCCGGUUCAGGCUGGUUUCUGGACAAGGUAGUGGUCAAACAGGAAGGCUCGGACAAAUACGACUAUACAUUUGAAUGUGAACGUUGGCUUGCCACCAGUGAGGAUGAUGGUCAGAUUGUCCGGGAGCUGACCCUAGGGUCACACAUGUUGUCCACAACCACAUACAACGUUUUUGUGACAACGGGUGACGUCAGAAGCGCAGGAACAGACGCCAAUGUUUCAAUCAAAAUAUUUGGGUCUAAAGGUGACACAGGAGAGCUUCAGCUUCGGUCAUCAGAAAAUACCUCAAACAAAUUUGAAAGAGGAAAGACAGACAUGUUUAAGCUGGAAUCUGUGAACAUAGGUGUGUUGAAGAAGAUAAGAAUAGGACAUGACAACUCCAAGCCGGGAGCUGGUUGGUAUCUCGAUGAAGUCCGUAUAGACAUUCCAUCACGGGGCGAACACUAUUUGUUCGCGUGUCAUCGCUGGCUGGCCAAGGACGAGAAGGAUGGUCUAACAAUGGUGGAGCUUGAACCUUCACAUAAAGAAGACCGUGAAAAACGACGCCGUGGGCCAGGUCUGCCAUAUGAAGUAACGGUCUGGACGAGCGACAAAUCCAGUGCUGGAACCGAUGCUAAUGUCUUCCUCCAGAUGUAUGGUGACAGCGGGAAAACUGAGAAGGAAGUCCUCAACAACCGCUCGGACAAUUUUGAACGAAACAAGAAAGACACGUUCAAGAUUGAAGCAGCUGAUGUUGGCAGGCUCCAGAAGAUCAGAGUUGGUCAUGACGGAACAGGGAUGUUUUCUGGAUGGCAUUUAGAAAAGGUAUUGAUUCAGAGGCACCCUAGAAAGGGAACACGUAAAACACCAAAGCGUCGCCGAACCCCAUCAGCAAACGAGCGUCGAAAGUCCCUGGUAUCAGACCUACAAGAACGAGACGAGGACUCCGAUGGAAGUAACUCGUCAUCAUCUCCAACACCUCGUCGAAGAAGAAGUUUCAAAAAGCACAAAGAGCCAGAGUUGAAGACAGUUGAGGAAGAAAGUGAAGAGGAUGUGUAUGAUGGUACAGAAACUGAGGACUACUGGUUUUUUGUCAACGAGUGGUUCUCACGUGGUGAAGGUGACGGAGCUAUUCAAAGGGAGUUUACUCCUACUGACAAGGAUGGAAAGCCACUCAAGGGAGCUCUCCAAGAUGUUGAGUACGAAAUCCAUGUUUUUACUGGAAAUGUACGAGGGGCAGGCACUGACUCUAAUGUGUUUAUCAACAUAUACGGAGAAAACUUUGACUCUGGCGAAAGGCAGCUUAAAGAUUCAAAUAACUUUAACAAGUUUGAAAAUGGACAGGAAGAUAUAUUCAAGCUCAAAAUCAAGGAAUUAGGACGAUUGGUGAAAUUACGUAUUCGCCAUGACAACAAAGGAAUAGGGGCAGCCUGGUAUCUUGAUAGAGUCGAAGUUGUCGAUACGAAGAAAAGGCAAACGUUCUACUUCCUGUGUCAGCGUUGGUUGGCAACAGGAGAAGACGAUGGACAGAUCUGUCGAGAACUUGUGCCUGUUGAUAAAUCCUUGCUCAGUAAAUCAGGAAAGGAUUCGGCUAGGGCUGAAGUUGCCCUGGAAACCAAAGCUGCCAUGACAACUUACUAUGUAAAUGUGAAGACAGGGACAGUUUGGGGUGCGGGAACUGACGCCAAUGUCUACAUCGUUCUGUUUGGUGACAAGGAUCAUACUGAUACUAUAUUCCUGAAAUCCUCCAUGACAAAUAAGAAUAAGUUUGAGGGUGGACAGACAGAUAAAUUCCUGGUGGAAGCCGUCAACAUCGGCGAACUCAAGAAAAUCAAAAUCGGCCAUGAUGACGCUGGAGGUGGCGCCCCCUGGUUCCUUGACGAUGUUGUUAUUGACAGUCCGUCGUUAGGUAAAUGCUGGGUGUUCCCUUGUCACAAGUGGCUCAGCUCCAAAGACGGAGACUGUCAACUGGAACGAGAGCUGUGGCCGCAGGAACUCAAUACUCAGGAAUACACACCAUGUAUUCCGUACGAGCUUAAAGUGUACACGUCCGACAAGUCAGGGGCGGGUACCAGUGCCGAAGUCUACAUCCAACUGUAUGGAAAGGAGCUGUGCACCACUCAAAAACAGAUGUGUCCCACCAAACGGGAACGAAGCGACAAAUUCAAACGAGGUGCUACCGAUCUCUUCCUGCUUGAGAUGGAAGAUGUCGGAGAUACGAUAGAAAAGAUCAGGAUCGGUCACAACAAUGCUGGCUUGACGGCUGGCUGGCAUCUCAAUCGUGUGGAGAUACGCAAACUCCACGAGACUGGACGGGGACCACAGGGGUCAGUGACGUAUGUGUUCCCGUGUGAUCGCUGGCUGGCUCGAGAUGAGGAUGAUACGGCCAUAGAGCGAGAACUGAUCGCUGGGAAAGUCCACCAAGAAAUGAUAGGAAGAGAUGGACAGGUCAAGAAAAAGGACAUCAAACUACGGGAUCAACUUCAAAACAAGCAGUAUGUGAUAAAUGUCCACACAGGUGAUGUGAGUGGGGCUGGUACAGACGCCAAUGUGUUCCUCACUAUCUGGGGUGACCGUGGUGACAGUGGCGAAAGGAAACUGCACAAAUCGGAGACGUACUCAGACAAAUUUGAACGCAAUCAUAUUGAUGUCUUCAGGAUGGACAUUGUUGAUUUAGGAAACAUUUAUAAGAUCAAGAUUCGCCAUGACAACUCCAUGUUUAACCCAGCAUGGUACCUAGACUAUGUUGAAGUAACCGACACGACAAACAAUCAGAAAUUUAUGUUUCACUGUGAGAGGUGGCUCGCUAAGAACAAAGACGACAAAAAAAUACAACGCUCCGUCUAUGUUAAGGGCUAUGAUGGUGAUAUGGAGUCGAGUACAGGGACCCUGGGUACCAUGAAGUCUACUCGUUAUGGUUCCGUGGCCAGUUUGGACUCCCUAAAGAGUUCAGAUCCAUUUUCCAAGUCUCCCCGUCUGUCUCGCAAACAACAGCUCGCUCAGGAGGAAAUGCCAGAUGGUGAUACGAUACCGUACACAGUCAAGGUAUCGACAGGGAAAGGGAAGGAUGAUGGAACGAACAGUAAUGUUUGGGUGAGAGUGAUCGGACCGCGAGGGAAGGACACGGGACGUCUAUUCCUAGAACUCGCCCAGAAGGAUAAGUUUAUGCCUGGGUCUGUAGAAACCUUUUCUCUGGAGGCAAUCGAUGUAGGGGAUGUCAAGAAGCUGGAGAUCGGCCAUGAUGGUGAAGCUCCAGGAACCGGCUGGUUUGUUCGGGAGGUCAGCGUGGAUGUGCCAACCAAGGGGAAGCAUUAUCUGUUCCAGUGUAAACAGUGGCUUGCCCGUGACAAGUUUGAUGGCAAAACAAUCAGGAUUUUCACUCUGGAUGAUGGUGUUAGUACCGUCACUUCCUACAGACCGAUGGUACAAUACGAGUGCGAGGUAACAACUGGUGACAUCACAGAGGCAGGCACGGACACCCAGAUCACACUCACUGUAUUUGGUGCCAAGGGUACCUCUGCCCCCGUCCUCCUGGAGAAGAUUGGAGACAGAUUUGAACGAGGUCACAGUGACCUCAUUAAGAUGGAGAUAGAAGAUGUAGCUCCAAUUAAGAAGAUUAGAAUACAGACCAAUGGCAAAGGCAGCAGACCUGAUUGGUACCUAGAAAAGCUGACACUACGCAGUUAUGAGACUGACGCCCUUUCCGUGUUUGAAGUCAAUGAUUGGUUCGGGAAGAAGAAGGGCACAUUGAUGCGUGACAUCGCUGCAAAGGAGAGAGGAAAGUUUGUCAUCAAAGAAACAUCCUACAGGAUUUCUGUUAAGACUUCUGAUGUUAGCGGAGCUGGUACGGAUGCCAAGGUGUUCAUCACGUUGUUUGGCGCCAAUGGAGAUACGGGUGAAAUUCAUCUAGCUAAAUCAGAAACCUACAAAGAUCCGUUUGAGAAUAACCAGAUUGAUGUGUUUACAAUUCAGAAGAUCCUCAGUGUUGGGGAGCUCUCCAAGUGCCGAGUCUGGCAUGAUAACUCAGGGUUUGGGGCAGCGUGGCAUCUGGCGUAUAUUGAGGUCGAGGACCUCAGUAAUAAGAAAGUCUACACUUUCCACUGUGACAACUGGCUGUCCAAGAAGGAUGGUGACAAACAGAUAUUACGGGAGCUGACGUGUGGUACCAUCGCCAAACCUGCCACCGGCGCCAAGGAAACUACCACUUAUGAACUUGAGGUGAAGACUUCUGAUAAAAAAGAGGCAGGAACUAUCCAUCAUGGCUGGGUCAUAUUAGAGGGCAGCAAAGAAAGCGUCAAGUACAAACUGGAAAACAGUGCACGCAACAAAAUUCUCCGCAGGGGCAACACAGACUAUUUCCAAGUUCCAUCCCGACCCCUCGGGAAGCUGAAACGUGUGGUAGUGGGCGCCACCGAGCGUGAGGACCACCCUCUACAGGAUAUGGAGGGUCAUGAAGCCAUGUGGUUCUGUUACGAAAUCAGCGCCACUGACACCACUACUGGUAACAAAUACCUGUUUCCCUGCAAGAAAUGGAUUCAGAUAUCUGACAGACUUUAUUCCAAGAAAUACAGGGAAGUUUUGGAGGUCAAAUCUGUAGAGGAAUCCCAGGUUUCUGUAGUACGAAAUUUAGCCCCAAUUAAGUACGAGAUCAUCGUAUUCACUGGAGACGUAUUUGGGGCGGGAACCAAUGCCAAUGUCUCCAUCACCAUAUUUGGCUCAAACGGUGACAGCGGUAAACGAGCACUUCAACAGAGCUUCAGGGAUCUGUUCGAACGCAACCAGGUCGACAAAUUCCAGAUGGAAAUACUUGACUUAGGAGAGUUACACAAAGUUCGGAUAGAGCAUGACAAUAGUGGUUUCCGUCCGGCCUGGUUCCUUGACAGAAUCGAGAUAGUCAACCUCGGCACAAAUAACAACAGUGUUUUCCCAUGCAACAACUGGCUGGACAAAAACAAGGGAGAUAAAUCUAUCUGUCGUGAUCUCCUAGCCAGGGAAUGAGAAUUCCAAGACUACAAGAUUAGGAUUUUAUAAAGAAUUAUUAAAUUAUAGAUUUUUUUUUAUUAGUGCUAAUAUUAAUGAUACUCUGUGAUAAACAAAUAUAGUUGGUGUCAAAGCUAGAUAAAGCAAAUACCAAAGACGUUUUAAUCUCAGAGGAAAAUUACUUUUCCUUUUGUUUUAUCAAAUAGCUAAACGACAUGACCUUGGUAUCUGUGUUAAAGUGUUAUGCCUCUAAUACUUAUGAAUAUUUACAAAAGAUUGUAAUAAUGUUAAUUUUUUAUAUUCAAUACAAACAUUCCGUGGAAGUAAUCAAAACUAUACAUAUGGGCCUGGUUGUUCAAACCUAUAAUUCGUGGGAAGCUUUGUCAACUUAUUGAGUCAAAAUUUAAUUUUCAAAUCAGUAUAAUUUAGAUUUAUUUAAAAUUUUGAAAAUACCUGUGUGUAUUUUGCCUAAAGAUAUGGAAACUGAAUCAUACAUUCAAAUUUAAUUCCAAAUUUUGAUAUUUUUGAGAAAAUUUCACAUCAAGUUUUUAUUAAAAUAGGCAUAAAGUUGACCUAGGUUUGAACUUCCGGGCCAUGGAGGACUAGCAAUCUAGUGGUUUGUUUACCAAUGUAGUAGAAAUGGUAGUGGUGUAUUUUUAUAUAAAUGAAAUUAUAUAUGAGCUAACGAACUUACCUCACAUUGAAUCGAAAAUAAUUUAUGUAUGUCAUUUAUUUAAUUACACUCAUGUUUGGUAAUUUAUUUGACUCUUUUUGUGAUAGAAACUUCAAUGAAAUCCUUAAUGGCUGCCAAUGAUAACUAUGAUUUAUUCUAUUAGUCAUGAUGCUUAAUGAUUUUAAUGUCAGUCAUCCUAGAUUUUAUUAUAAGCAUUUCUGUGAUUUCAAUUCCUUAAGCUUACUUGAUUAGUUGAAAUAAGUAAGUAAACAAAACCUAUAUAGCAUAACUUAUUUCAUGUAUUGUUUUCAUUAAAUUCAUGUUCAUAUACUCAAAUCAACAUCCCUGUGGCCUUUUGAACCAAGUUUCCAGGUGAAAAAAAUCAGGUAUUUUCCAAUUAUGAAUAUUAUUUUGUUUUAUUGUCUCUCUCAAGCCAUGAUUUUUAUCUUCCAUUUGUGGAUUAAUAUAGGAAUGAGGUAGGUCCUGGGCAGAUAUGACUAGAGCCAAGAGCAAAACCAAAUAUGAUAUGCCUCAGGGACAGAACUGUGCUGCCUUAUCCGACAUUCUAGCUUUAACUCUGAUUGUCUCCCCUUUUCCAGCUAGGACUUGUCUCCCUUUGAUGACUAACUGUCUCUCCUUGUAUCCAUAGCUAUGACCUUGCUCCCAGACAAGGGUAAUUGUGAUGUCACUGUCCUAAAAUGUGAUUGUCUCCCUUUGAUAACUGAUUGUACUCUUAGUUAUAUAACCGUGCUCUAGUUAGUGGUUAUGGUAAUGCUAGCUGUUCUCAUAAUAAAUUGUGAUUGUCUCCCUUUGGUGAUUGUUUCCCCUUUUACUCUUAACUAUGACCUUGCAUUUUAUAGAUAGAUUUUCUUCAACAUUCCGUCCUUGGGUAGAAUACUUUUGUUAAGUAAUAUCAUGAUUUGAUUUUUUACAUAUCUGUAUCAUAUUUUUGCUUUUUGAUAUUAAAUAUUAUUUCAUAGUCGUAAUCUACUUUUUAACAUUUUUUCUAGAAAUAAUAAAUUUUCCAUUUAUAACUGUUGUUUUCUAAUGUACAAUCAACAAACUUAUAGUAACCCAGUGAUAUAUCUAUAAAUUUGUACAUUUUGCUUAGGAAUCAUUUUAUGAUAAUUUAAUAUCUUUAAGACUAUAAAAAGUACUCUAAUUCCUUAUUUCUGCAGCAUCCAGUUGUCAUGUGGGAGUUUCCUUUUUUCACUAUAUACUAGUAUGUAAAACAAGAAUUGAUUAAAGGGUUCAAUAUUUAUAUAAUUAUAACUGUUGAACUUAUAUAUAAGUUGUGAGGUUAAAUUGAUAUUUAAAAUGAAACGUCUUGUGUAUUAUUUAAUAUAUAAUCCAUUAUUUUUGUAUAAUAUGUAUAUAGAUUUAUAAGUAUGUUUGUAUAAGCUUUGUAUAUAAAAAUGAAUUACUACUAGAAAUCAUGUUCAAUGUAUAGUUUACAUUUCCUAGUCCAAUAAAUUAAAAUUGAUCUUGUUUUCCUGCAAUAUGUGACACCAUAUUACUACAUAGUACCAUGAAUGUACAUGAACUACUAUCAUUGUAUGGCUGAGGAUUUAUAGAUCUAUAAUAAGUCUGAGGUAUGACCUUGGUAUUGCGAGGUACGACCUUGGUAUCGCGAGGUACAACCUUGGUAUCGCGAGGUACGACCUUGGUAUCACGAGGUACGACCUUGGUAUCGUGAGGUACCACCUUGGUAUUGCGAGGUACGACCUUGGUAUCGUGAGGUACCACCUUGGUAUUGCGAGGUACGACCUUGGUAUUGUGACAUCUUAAAAUUAAAAUGAAGUAUCAAAAGCAACUGCCUUUCAUAUUCAUGUACAUGUACAUUGUGCCUUUUCUGUUCACAUGUGCUGUAACCCCUUCUCCCUCCACCUACACCUACCCCCUACUCCUACCCUACCCCCACCCCUCAACCCCUUAAGGUGUUAACACCAAUUGGAAUUUGUAUUUCAUCAAAUUAAAUCUGUCUCUUAUCAAAUGUACAUGCUUUUAAAAUUGGUAUCCUCAUCAUUAAAAUGAUCAUCCAUGGUAUUGCACUUAAUGUCUUAAAUUCACAUGAAUAUUAAUUUUUAUUAUAUUUAUAUCAUUUCAUUUAUAACGUACAAUUACGUUGUUUUUUUUCGUAAACUUGCAUACAAAAUUAUAAUCCUAGGCAAAUAUGCCUUGGUUGGUUGGUUUAAGACAUAGGUUUAAAGAAUCAGAUUAACUAGUUGUAAGAUCAUCCAUAAGUAACAAUUCAUAGACAAUAGAACACAGACAUUUAGUUAUUUCCCUAUAACAAACAUGUACAUUAGCAGCUAGAAAUGAUAAAACACAUCCCUGUUUUAAUGAUACGAUUUCUAUUUUUACCUGACAUACCAGGGUACAUGUACAAAAAAAAAACCUUCACAACCUAAAAAAAUCUUAUACUUCUCAUCAGGAUUACUGCCUAAGAGUUUGAAGGUCACUGUUUCUAGAAAUAGAUCUUUUAACUGUAAAAGUAAAAUAUCAGUUUCCAUUCAAAAAUCCAGUUCCUUUUGGCUGAUCAAAUUCCUAUGGAACUGUUUUUAAAGUUCAAGGUCACUGUAGAUAGAUCAAUAACUUCAUUUCUCCUGGUUAAAUCAAAAUUUAACACAGUGCUACCUUAUGGGAAAUGCUUUUUAAGAUUAUUUUCCAUCAUGAGCUUAUGAAGCUAAUUGGCCUCAUUGAAUUCAGUGGAAUACUUAGUUUUGUAUAUAAUGUAGGAUUGUGUUUGCAUACAUUGUAUGUGACCAAACUCUUUGAUGCUUUUUAUGUGCCAACAGCCUUAAAACGAGAUGCUAGGAUAUAUUUAAAAUCUAUUGCUGUGAAUUUCAAACCAGAAUUGUAAUCACUUUGAUUAAAAGUGAAAACUUAUUUUCAGACUCGCCUCUAUACCAGAUAUGAAGUUAUAUAAUUAUUAUAUGUAUCUUAACUCAAUUUUCUGUGCCAUGUUAAAUUUUUAUAUCAAUCAUCAAACUCACGAAAAAUCUGUUACCAUUUAAUUAAUAUUUCAACGUAUGAAUGGAUUAAGAAGUUGAAUACAUUGAACCAUACUCUUGUUGUUUACUUUAGAAUAUCUUAAUCCUUUAUGACGAGGCAUUAUGCUGUUCAAAAAGAAAACACGUUAUCCCUAUAUAGAUCAUGUUCAUAUUUCAUUUCGAAAUUUCAUACUUUUGGACUAGCAUUGCUAAAUUCGAGCUCUAUGCUGUAACAUUCAAUAUUUAUAUCAAUAUUUAUGUAAACAAUGUUAUUGUAUCUAUGUAUUUUAAUUGUAAACAUCAUUAAGAACUCUGAACCCUAGCUAUAGCAUAACUAUUUUAGCAUCCUUAACAAUAGCGUAAUAUAUGUCAUUUUACGAUUGUAUAUUGUAUUAUAAAUAAUACUGUGCAUUGUAUUAUAAAUUAUAUUAUACAUUGUAUUACAUUAUAAGAUUUAAUUAUAUUAUACAUUGUAUUAUAUAACAUUAUACAUUGUAUUACAUUAUAAGAUUUAAUUGUAUUAUACAUUAUUGUAGAUAUGGUUCAUGUACCAUUGGGUUGUAUAUAUUGUUUACGCAUUAUUUUUAGACUAUGUUGUGGAAGGUCUAUUGCAGUGUUAUGUACUUUGUCGACACGUCUCUGACGUCAUGUCAAAACUGCUGAUUAAUAAAACCAGUCUAGAUAGAAUA